AUGAAAUUCUUAAUCUCAAAUCUUCUCGUUGCACUGUGUGUCACCAUACCAUCCACUGCUGCCUUUGCGCCACAGCCUUUGAAGCCUAAGAAAACGGAUAAUGCAGGCUCAGAUACAUCUCUUUACAUGUCUGAUGCUUGGUGGGAUCAAGGGGCCAGUGUUUACUCCAAGCCUUCUGGCGCUCAACCUCAGUUUGGAGAAAUUCAACGAGCACCUGGAGCACCGGAUCGGUUGGUCCCUGCCGAAGCCUGGCGUAAUUUUUCGCCACAAGGAAAGAGAAGAGUUGAAGGACAAUCUCGGUACACGUAUGACUUUCGUGAUACUACCCAAACUGAUGUUCAGCUAGCUGUAACGUCCAGCACCGGACGUCCUGUGAAGACUUCUGUUGAUUUAUGGGUGGGGCCUGAUUGGACUCCCUAUACAAUGAAGGCGUAUACUGAAGAUGGUGAGAAACGUCCUAUUCAAUGCAUUCUAGGAACUAGAGGCAAGGUCGCUCAGAUUGAAGUCCGCAAUAUUGCUGAAUAUGAAUUCGCUCUUGAUGCGGAAGCUGUUUACGCACAAGGCCCAAUUGCCAACUUGCGAUCGGAGAUCCCAAAGUCUACCCAAGGUAUUUAUAUCGAGGGAGGAUCCGUCAAGCAAGUACCUGUUGCAGGUGAUAUUGGUGCUGUUUCCGUCUUGCUCAACACCGACAGUCGCCAAUUGAAUGCCCAAAUCGAACUUAUUACCGGUCCCAACAAUCCCAAGCAAGUCUUUGAAGUAUUCACCAACAAUGGCCUCCUCAACGCCCUUUUGGUUACCUUUGAAUGCCCCCCUAUGCAUGGAACUACAAUCCGCAUUACCAACCAAGCCACCAUGGAAUUCCCCUGCCAUGCUUACGUUACCGCAGGUUAA